AUAUGACUCUAGAGUUCCUCAAGAUUCAUGUCAGUAUUUAUCGGCCAUUUUUGGCGACUCGUCAAGAGAUUUGUGUACUUUAGUAAUCAUUCAGAAUAUUAUCACGUUUUCAAUAAUGUCAAACUUUCUCAAUGUUCAGAUGCCGCCCCGUAGGGAACCCGAUCACCCGGCUCCUACUCAGGCCACAGUAGACGCACAGUUCCGCGACUAUCACGCUGAAAAAUUCUCCGGGCAGGGAGAUCACCGCAUCGUAGACGAAUGGAUUCAGGGCCUGGAGUUUAUCUUUGAG